AUGGUGACCCCUUGCCCUGCCAGCCCGGCCAGCCCCGCCGCGGGAACCGGGAGGCGAGACAACCAUCAGAACCUCCGCGCCCCAGUGAAGAAGAGCAGACGCCCGCGCCUCCGGAGGAAGGAGCCGCUGCGGCCGCUGAACGCGUGUUCGCUCCCGGGAGACUCGGGCGUCUGUGACCUUUUCGAGUCCCCCAGCUCCAGCUCGGACGGCGCCGACAGCCCAGCAGUGUCUGCGGCGCGGGACUGCAGCUUCCUACUCAGCCCUGCCCAGCCCUUGACAGCGCUAGAUCUCCAGACCUUCCGAGAAUACGGCCAGAGCUGCUACGACUUCCGAAAGGCGCAGGAGAGCCUUUUCCAUCCCCGGGAGUCGCUGGCGCGCCAGCCACAAGUGACUGCCGAGUCCCGCUGUAAGCUGCUCAGCUGGCUUCUGCAAGUUCACCGCCAGUUCGGCCUCUCUUUCGAGUCGCUGUGUCUGACCGUGAAUACUCUGGACCGUUUUCUCCUCACGACCCCCGUAGCUGCAGACUGCUUCCAGCUGCUCGGGGUGACCUGUCUGCUCAUCGCUUGCAAGCAGGUAGAGGUGCACCCACCUCGCAUGAAACAGCUCCUGGCCCUGUGCGGCGGCGCUUUCUCCCGGCAGCAGCUGUGUAACCUGGAGUGCAUCGUACUCCACAAGCUGCACUUCAGCCUGGGCGCGCCCACGAUCAACUUCUUCCUGGAGCACUUCACUCACUCGCGCAUGGAGGCCGGGCAGGCUGAGGUCACCGAAGCUUUGGAGGCUCAAACCCUGGCCCGGGGAGUGGCAGAGCUGAGCCUGACCGACUACGCGUUCACCACCUACACACCCUCCCUGCUAGCCAUCUGCAGCCUGGCGCUGGCCGAUCGAAUGCUGCGGCACCGGCACCUCAUGGACCUUCGCCUAGGAGAGCACCCGGAGGCGACACUGCAAGACUGCUUGGGCAAGCUGCAGAAGCUCGUGUCCAUCAACAGUAGCUCCCUGACCCACAUGCUGCCUCCCCAGAUCUGGGAGAGGUGCAGCCUGCCCCAGAGUUGGAAAUAA